AUGGAUGACUCUUACUCGCCAGAUAGCACCCAAUUUUAUUUUCGCCUUCUAGCCCUGGCACCGAACUUGGAGGAGCUAGAGAUAGAAUCCACCAAAAGAUGCGAAUACGGCUGUAACCACUAUGUCCGUUUACAAACCCCAAUCUUCACAACUCCGGCACCGUGGUUCCAGUCACAAAAGCUAAAAGAACUGAGUAUAUUGAAAGACACACCAUUCACUCCUCUUGAAAUCAGCACACUAGCCGGAAUAUUUCCUAACAUUGAAGCUCUAAAAUUGGAUUACUACUAUAAGACGCCAAGGUGCCAACCCGAAGUAGAUUUUGAAGACCUCUAUGGUCCUUUCAUGGCGUUCAAAAAGAUCAAUAGGAUAUGCCUGCCACGACCAGAUUCUAGAGUUCGUAGGAAGCGGUUGGGUUUUGAAUUUCAUGGGCAUGUUGAAUGCUUUUUAAAUGGGUUGGAUAGUUUGAACACUAAAGAUUCUAGCUUGGGUCGUCGAAGUCGUGUCUAUAGCGAAGAUCGAUACGUUUCAGAUCUUGAAGGGGUAGGAGAUGAUGGUCAAGGGGGGCCACGAGUUAAGAUUGAUUUCUUUUUUGCUUAA